AUGCAUGGCCCUCGUGUGCAAAGCAUGCUUCAGCGCCAAUCGUCGUUGACAUCCCAUGAAUAUGAUGUGUGUAUCAAUGGCUGCAAGCUGUACGCAUUGGAAGUAGACGACGAAGAGACAAUUUGUGAUAUUUGUUCCCAUGAAAGAUACGAUGCACGGGGAAAUCGUCGAGCCCUGUCAACAAUGAAAGUCAUGUCAAUUGGAGACAUCGUAUCACGAUUAGUUGCGAAUCCAAUAACGAGAGAGGAGCUUCGGUACCGACAUGCCUACGACAACAGAGACCUUGAAGAAAAUCCAUCCGAUGUUAUCAUCGCUGACGUAUUUGACGGCGCCACGUACAAGUCCAUCAAGAAUACGCAUUUCACAAAUGACCUGGAUAUCGCAGUUGCGAUCAUGAAUGAUGGCUUUGUAGUUGAAAAGAGAGGUGAUCGGCUAUUCACAAUUAUUCAUUUGAUGGUGUUCAAUUACGAUCCACACAAGCGUUACAAGGAGGAGUACACGCACGAGCUUUGUAUCUUUCCAGGAAAAAAGAAGCCCAAAUCAUUUGACUCGUUCAUUUCCAUCAUCUUGGCAGAGCUCCAGUGGCUUUCUACGUAUGGAAUGGUAGUCCAAACAAAUGAUGCUGGGCCAAUUCGUUUGAAGGUUUAUCCUCUAAUUUGUGGUGGUGAUACUCUAGCAUUUCUGGACGACUCACGCCGUGAGUCGUCCAGAAAUGGUACCUUAGGUACCAUGGACAUUAUGCUAAAAGCCAAUCAGAACAAACGGUAA